AUUAUAUGCGGCUGAAUGGUUAUAAAAUAGAUGAGCUUGAGGAUAAAUUUGGACUUGGUGUAGCAGAAGAUACAGCAGAUAAAGAGAAAAGGGUGCUUUUACCAUCAACAUUGACUUCCAGUGUUGCGUUCAGCGCUUCCUUGAUAAACCAUCAAGAAAAUAUAAGCGUUUAUCAGAAAAUUCGUUUCGAUUACAUUAUUACGAACGUCGGGUCUGGAUACAAUCCUGUUACUGGAGUUUUCAAAGCAACAGUUCCUGGACUUUAUUUUUUUACUGUGGUUAUAAUGAGUCAUGCUACCGAAGAUAUAGAAACCCAAAUCGUGAAAAAUGGUAUUCAGAUUGUCAACACCUACUCUGGUGAUUCAACUACAUGGAACCAAGGAUCCCAGUCUGCCGUACUUCAACUUACUGCAGGAGAUAACGUGUGCAUACAAAUUCAAAACAACAAAGGCGUUAAUGAUGGAAACAUAAGAAUUUUUGGACAAAGUUGGUCUUCAUUCUCUGGUUUUCUUAUUGCAAAUACGCAAUAAAAAUGUCUAUGCAAAAGCAUGCUUUCUUUAAGGAAUGACUGUAAUAUGUUUUUGGUCUAUGAAGAAUAAACAUAAAAAAAUAUGGU